CGUGGAAACUAUGGUGACAUGUAAAUAAUAUGGAUGCAUUGUGGGACAUUUCUAAUCUGGCCGUGACACCACACGCAAUGGAAUAUGAGAACUGAUCAAGUCAACCGUUGAUUUACAAGGAUUGUUUGUGUUUGUUUGUUUGUGUGUGUGUUAUUAUUGCGAAGAUAAAGAAUUGUUUGCCCAAUUUAUAAUUGUUAAUGCACAAUUAGGAAUGGCCUAUGGUCAAAAUGGAGUUUGCCGAAAGGUAAUAUGAGUGGAACUUCUAGAGUAUCUGCACGUUCAACUGCUUCAGGGAGGAUAAAAACAGAAAAUCCUGCUUUAGUCAAACUUUUGACAAGUGAUUCACUAACUGACACAAGGUUCGUAGCUGCUCAGCACACAUCACCUGUACAUACGCCACACGCUUCUACUAAUGUAAAAUCAAAUAGCACUGCAACCCCAGAAAAUAGUGUCAAAAAUAGACCAAACUCACGUUAUUCUGAAAAAGGAGAUAAGGAAAAUAGACCUGAUUCAAGAUAUUCAGAGAAAAAUAGUUCAGAACAAGCAAAAACUGACAAUAGGCCAGACUCACGUUAUUCUUUGAAAAAUAGUCCUGUGAAAUUGGACAUCGAUAAUAGAGCUGACUCUAGAUUUUCACAGACAAAUAAUUCAGAAAAGCAGCCUGAAUCAAGAUAUUCUGCCAAAAGUGAUAAGGCUGAAAAACAAAAAGAAAAUUCUAAUGAAAGUUCUUGGGGCAAUGUUGAAGAAUCUCUGACUUUCGAUGUAGAUAAUAUUAAAAGCCCAGAAUUUGAUCAAACAUCGCCAAAAAGUAAUUCACCAACAAAAAAAGAAGUGGAAAAUAUUCUGAAUUCUGACAGUGAUAAUAAUCUUGAGAUUCAAAAUACAGAUAGAUUGCCAAGUUCUGAAUCUAUAAAGCCACAAGAAAAUAUUUCGGGUAAAAAUACCCCAUCCAAAAUUGAUUAUCUAAAGAUUGAUAGAGUUGAAAGUCCUUUAUUUCAAAAAUCUCCAUCAAGAGAGCAAAAUAAAACACCUAGUGGUGUGAGUUACAGUUCUAGUAGACUUAAAAAUAUAAGCACUUCUUCUUCUCAACAGCACCCAUUUUUGGAAGCUCGGUCUGUUAGUGAGUUGCCAUUUGCACAAGGUGGUGAAGGGAUUGAAGCUGAUAGUCUUGACGUUGAUUCUGGACUAGUACCAGAUACCACUAGCUAUUUACAAUCUGCACCUGACUCUGGUAGACAAACAUAUAGAGUGCCUUCACCUGUUACUAAACAUGUACCUGUAAUAACAUCUGCUGAAUCUUCUAGGUUUAGAGCCAACUCCAGAACUAGUCAGCGAACAGCGUCUGCAACUAGUGCUACAGGUGUCCCCGCACCACAGUUUGAUAGGAACGAAUCUGUAGUAAGUGACAACGGUAUACCUCCUCCAUCUAAUAUUAAUUACGAUUUGGCAAGUCAUGAUAUAGACAAUGUGAAUCAAGAUAACCUUUCUGAAACUAGAAAAUUUGACCAGCGUAAAAGUGCCGUAUCUUUUAAAGAGCCUGUUAUAAGUGAUUAUCAUAGUCAUACUGAAGGUCGUGGAACUGAAGUUUGGGACACACCACGUGAACGAGUCCCAACACCACAUCCUGCAACUCCACAAAAAUUUCAAGAUUCUUUAGAUUUUAACUCGGGCAGGACAUCAAACUUAUCACCUGACCAUACACAUCAGUUUGAAUCUGAUAUUCCGUCUGUAUCAUUAUCACAAACAAUAAGAUCUGGAUCUGCCCGUGCAGACCAAAACAACAGUGCAAAAAGUGGUUCUGGAAGAGCUGUUAAAAAGAUAUAUAUUGAUUCUCCAACGUUUACAAGGGAAGAAGAGGACGAAUUUCGUUUUGUUGAAAGUCGUAUUGAUGAUAUGAAUGAAGAUUUAGAGGACCAAGUUCGUAGAAUUGAAGAGCAAGGAAAUAGGUAUAAACAAGAAAGGGAGGCAAUGAAUGAGGAAGCUGCUCGGUUAAGAGCAGAAAUUCAAGCAACUGAGGGAUAUUCAAAUUCGUAUAACAGUAGAAAAACAAGUGAUAGAUACGGACAAAGUGAUCAGAUGGAUUCAAGGAGUUACGGAAGAUCACAGGAUCAGGAUAGUGGUUAUAGACAAGAGAGAAAUCAAAAUGGCUACUCAAAUAAUUCUAACAGUCACGGUAAUGUGCGUGACUCGCGGGAGGUUCCUAAUGCCCGUAAUGAUAAUCGUUAUGAGGAUCGUAAUGUUGAUGAUCAAGAAGGUUAUUCUAGGAAUCCAGGAGGUUAUUCUCAAGAACCAGAAGGAUACUCUAGAAAUCAAGGUGGAUAUGCUCAGAAUCAAACAGGAUAUGCACGAAAUCAAGGAGGUCAAGGAAGAGAAUCUGAAGGUUAUUCCCAAAAUCAAGGUGGAUACGCUCGUGAUCAAGAUAGACAUUCUAGAGAACAAGAUGGAUAUUCUCAGGAACAAGAAAGAAAUUCACGCAGGCAAAACGAUCAGUAUUCACGGAGACAAGAUGAUCAGUAUGAUAGACAGCAAGAUGAUCAGUAUUCACGAAGACAGGAUGAUCAACAGUCACGAAGACAGGAUGAUCCACAGUCACGAAGACAGGAUGAUCAAUAUUCACGGAGACCGAAUGAUCAAGAGUCGCAAAGACCUGAUGAUCAAUAUUCAAGAAAACAGGAUGAUCAGUAUUAUGAUAGGAGGGGAGUUUCUCCGUCUCGAUAUAGGAAUGGAGAUGAAAGAGGUGAUGAUGACCUACAACGUGAAACAGAAUAUCAGGAAGAUUUACGGCACAGAUUAGAAAACAAUCAAAUACACGACUCUGAAGUUGUUAUACCUCGCAUUCCAUUAGAUGAACAAUUUAGAGAUUCAUUAGAUGAAAAUGGAUAUAAUGAUCAACGUAAUUUUGCUAGAGACUCAUUAGACCAAGAAGGAUAUGGGAACUGGGGAAAUCCCCCUCCAAAUCCUUUUGGUCAAGGUCGUGGUGAAAACGAAAAGUAUUUAAGUCAAAGGGAGGAAAAACCUGAAUAUGAAGAGGAUAUGGAUACCGCUAGGAUGGAACUACUUCAUCCAAAAGAGCCAAGAGUUGAUUAUGUAGAAGAAAACAAAUUUACAUAUGGACUUCCCCCAAGUAAAAGUUAUAAAACAUUAAAAGAGAAAGAAAAGGAAGCAGAAAGUAAACUUAGUGAUAUAUUUAUUCAUCCCAAGAAACAAGGGAAAAAACAUAAACGAACAAUUCCAUUGCCAAAUGAGGAAAAACGACCACCUCUUACAGAGUUACGUGGCAAUGCAGAUCAAGGGGCUGAGGGAGUAUGGGCAAAAAGGUCAGCACAGUUGGCUAAACACAAGGAUGGUAAAACUACAUCUGGUUCUGUUAAAAAAUCUAGAGGUCUUCAAAAAUACCCAAGUGAUGGUCACCUGCAGACUACAAAUCAAGGUCAGAUUCAACAAGGUCAAGGUAGAAUGUAUGGCACCCCAACACGUAAUCAGUACCUUGAACCUUUAGGCUACAAGCCACAAGUUUCAAGGGAGGAGCCAACACAGUCCCCAGUAUAUAGGGACACGGGUUCAUAUAAAAAACCAAUCGAAUUAAAGCCAAUAAAAACUGAAAUUAUAACAGAUGAUGGACAAAAAAUAAGUGUUGACAUUAAUUUAAAAGUAUUAAGUCCGACAUUUCAACGAAGAGUGAAAUCUCAUCCUGAUGAUGCCCCAGGAUCAGAGCCACCAUUUAAUGUUCAAGCCGAAGUCAGACAGAAACAGACGGGUGAUAGACGUCCAGUUGGUGUUCAGUAUCAACCUUCAAAUCGUGGAGGUGGAGGAGAUCAAACAGAGAGCCGGUACCAGAGCCCACCGAGUGACAACCAUUCUCAUCAGUCACCGAUAAGUCAAGGAAGUCGGCAGUAUCAAGCAGAUAACCAGUACAAUAGGCAAUAUCAGUUCAGUACAGGUUAUAUGGGAUACUGGGAUCAGCCCCCUCCCCAGCAACCACUACAGACAGAAGCUUACAGAGGGAAUGAUUAUGACGGCAUCGAUGAAGAGGCACUACUUAAGCAGGAGGAGGCAUUAAUGGCAGAAUUAAAUUUGUCGCCAAAUCCUUAUGCUAAAAUUCCACCAAUACCUAUCCGUGAUGAACUUACUGUUCCUGUUAUUGUUGAAAAAGGAGGGUAUGCGUCUAUGUACCAGGAAAAUAAGCAGAAAGAUCAAAACCAGGAACCAUGGUAUCAAGUUUAUACAGUUAGAGACUUUAAAAAGAUGCAGAAGGAGGUUCGACUAAACAGGGGAACACUUGGACCCGACCUGGAUAAUGAAACGUACAAGGAUAAGUGUGAGAAGAGGCAUAAACAGUUUGAGUAUGCGAGAAUGGUAAUGGAAAAAAAUAAACAUGACUUACAUGAUAAGAAACCGACCAACAAAUAUCCUCGUAAAGACCCUCAGGUAGAGGAAUCAGAAAAAAGUAAACGAAAGGCAGAAAAAAUCCCUGCAGACAAAUUAAAAGAUCCGUACUUUAUUACGAGUAAAAAUCUUAAAAAAGCAGCCCUUGAUUAUGCAAAGAAUGUUCCAAGGCCAGCAGUGAAAGCUCGACCAACACAAUACAAUUCUUAUGAAGUUGCUUCACAGUUAUCUCCCAUUGUUAAAGCAGGAUCUACUGGAUCAAAGUCACCAACACAUAGUACACAAAAUGUUGAUGUUGUAGAUCUAAAGAAACUUCAACAAAGACAUGAACAGGAAAAGAAAAAUAUAGCCAUGAUGAGAUCUAACAUGGAGUCAGUGCCUCAGAAGGCUUAAUAAUACUGUUAUACAUGUUCAAUAAUUUAUUUGUUAUAUGUUUUAUUUUAUAAAAAGCAAAGGAGAGCAAUAUGAAAUUAUGCAUGACUUUGCCGGUCUCAAACCAUCUGACCAAUGAAACAACCUACUAGAUUCGUGUGCAGGUAGAAAACAAUAAUAAAAUUGAGAACCUGUUUGGUAUGAACUUUUUUCUUGAAACUUUCGAACAAGAAAAUUAAAAUAUUUUUUUUAUAGAAUUUAUAAAUUCAAAUAAUUAUUGCAGUGAAACUGAUUUUGGAAAAAUAUUUUCAAACAUUCACAAAUUUUGCAAAGUACAAAGAAAAACAGUGAAUAUAGAAAAAAAAAUCUUCAAAUUUUUCAAUGACAGUAAAAUGUUCUACAUUAGAGCAGAGAAUCUUGCAAGCAUCUAUUCGAAUAUUUGUUAAAUGUAUAUUUAUAUAUAUAUAUGUAUGAUACAUAGACAGUAGAGAUCUAUUUAUAGUUAUAGUAUUGUCUGGGUGGAGAAAAUAUCUUUUAUGUAACCCUUUUUCAAAGUUUUAUAAUUUAAAGUAUUUUGUUAUCAGCCUAGUUAUAGACUGAAAACUGAUUUAUUCCAAAGUGCCACAAGAAGAAAUCUAUAUAUUUAUAUAUUAACUAAGGUUUUAAUCACAAACUGGAAGUUUUAAUAGGUAGUUUUCACAUGAAAAAGUUAUUAACGAAGAGACAGUAGGUUUUAGCACUAACAGUAAUUUAACAACAUUUACUAAGAUAUUGAAAAAAAUAGGGGAUAAUAUUUUCUGUUUUAAACUUUUUUUUAAACAAUUAAAGCAGACACAGAAUAAAUUUAAAAGAAGUGUUAUUAAAUAUUUCAUACGAGUCUUUCUAAAAACUUAAGAUAAAAUCUAAAGGUCCAGAGACUGUUGUUUUUCAAUCUUAUACCUCCAACACGGCAUUUAUUAUAUUUCAACGUUUAGCACAGUCCCAUAAAACUUGACACUUGUUGCCUAACAGAAUAGGACCUGAUAUCUAUUCUUUAUAUCUGUCCUCUUUUAUUACAUUAUUGAGUAGAUCCAUGAGUCGUAGCCGUCCAAUAGAACAUUUGCCGUCCAUUUAGUGCUGUACAUUAUAUACCCCAUAUUGAAGCAUACUGUGAUAUAUUUUAAUAUUGUACAAAUUAUUAUCAGAAUUACAUUUUAUUUAAGUGUCAAGUUUUCAUUAUUAUAUUUGUAUAAUUGACUAAAAUGUCUUUAUUGCCAUUAUUUUUAUUCCAAGUUUAUUCAUAUUGUAUAAAGUAUGAAGUCUUGAAGCAUUAAGGUCAUUUAUAGUAUUGAUUUGUUUUCUUUAGUGUUAUGUGAUACGUUUGUUCUUUUUUUGUCAGAGUUUUUCAAUAAUAUUCCAUCAUUUUAAUGUUACAUUCAACUAAUCAAAAUUAAAGUGACAGAAGUUUUUAUUUUACACACAUUUUUCAUUGCAUUUUGUAUAUAAUACCUACAAUGUAUAUGCAUUUCACAAAAACAUGAAUGUAACUUAAUGUAAACAUAUUUGUUCCAAGUGCUGUCUGUACUUGUACCAUAAGAAUAGAUCAUCAGUAACAGUUAAUUUUUUUACGAUUAAAGAAAAUUUAUAUAAUUGACAUGAAUCAUCUUUUAUUAUAUAUUUCAUAUAAAGUACACAAAAUAUUAUUUAUUGAAGCACACAUGAAUUAAUCUUAUCAUAAGAGUUUUCACCUUUUGCACUUCUAAUUUACUCAAAGCCCUAUGAUGAGUGAUUUGAAAUGUCGGGAGAAAUGUCAUCUCUGUAUUUUAUACAUAUGUAUUUCAUUUAUUAUAGGUAUAAAAUUAUUACACCUUUUAUAGUUAUGCCAGGAGUUAGUCAAUAUGUAGAAGAUCUCUUAAUAUAUCUUUCUGUUUUUUUGGGUGGUGGCAGAUCUAUAAAUAACAAAUUGUUCUACUUUAGUUGUUUGAUCAACACAUAAUUUAAGGAAUUCACAAAUUGAUUGUCUAGUCUUUUGUUUUUUUUAAUACAUCUUUAUACAUCCUUGGCAAAUUGCCACUGGAUAUUAUAACCAACCAACAAUCAAUCAAUUAAAUUUCAGAAAUUACUUGAAAACUUAUCAAUGCAGUUGAAUUUUUUUUUUAAUUUUGAGAAAAAAAACUCGUUUUGGUUUUAAAUUCUUUCUUAGGUGUAAUUUUUAUAUAUAAACAAGUUUUACAUACACAUUAAAUUUUACUUUUAAAAACAACUUCAGCACUAACAUAUUAUGUUACCAUCAGUAUUUAUAUUCACACCUUUAGUAAAGCCCAUUUGAUGUAUGAUUAGAACUGUAGCUUUGAAGAUGGAUGUUUGGUCAACAGAGAUAUGUAUUCAGAAAGAGAAAUAAACUGUUACAUAUUA